AUGCCUCGGCCCCAGACCAGCUGAGUUUAGCUUUAGCCUGGAACCGCGUGGACAUCGCCCGCAGCCAGAUCUUCAUUUAUGGGCAACAGUGGCCGGUCGGGUCUCUGGAACAAGCCAUGUUGGACGCCCUCGUCCUGGACAGAGUGGAUUUUGUGAAGUUGCUCAUUGAGAAUGGAGUAAGCAUGCAUCGUUUCCUCACCAUCUCCAGACUAGAGGAGUUGUACAAUACGAGACAUGGGCCCUCGAAUACAUUGUACCACUUGGUCAGGGACGUGAAGAAGGGGAACCUGCCUCCCGACUACAGAAUCAGCCUGAUUGAUAUUGGCCUGGUCAUCGAGUAUCUGAUGGGUGGUGCUUAUCGCUGCAACUACACACGCAAGCGCUUCCGGACCCUCUACCACAACCUCUUCGGUCCCAAAAGGCCCAAAGCCUUGAAACUGCUGGGAAUGGAGGAUGACAUCCCCUUGAGGCGAGGGAGAAAGACCACCAAGAAGCGCGAGGAAGAGGUGGACAUUGACUUGGAUGACCCUGAGAUAAACCACUUCCCGUUCCCUUUCCACGAGCUCAUGGUGUGGGCCGUGCUCAUGAAGCGGCAGAAGAUGGCGCUGUUCUUCUGGCAGCACGGUGAAGAGGCCAUGGCCAAGGCCCUGGUGGCCUGUAAGCUGUGCAAGGCCAUGGCGCACGAGGCCUCUGAGAAUGACAUGGUGGAUGACAUCUCCCAGGAGCUGAACCACAACUCCAGGGACUUUGGCCAGCUGGCGGUGGAGCUCCUGGAUCAGUCCUACAAGCAGGACGAGCAGCUGGCCAUGAAGCUGCUGACGUACGAGCUGAAGAACUGGAGCAACGCCACGUGCCUGCAGCUCGCCGUGGCUGCCAAGCACCGUGACUUCAUUGCCCACACAUGUAGCCAGAUGUUGCUCACCGACAUGUGGAUGGGCCGCCUCCGCAUGCGUAAAAACUCAGGCCUCAAGGUAAUUCUGGGAAUUCUACUUCCUCCUUCAAUUCUCAGCUUGGAGUUCAAGAACAAAGACGACAUGCCCUACAUGACCCAGGCUCAGGAAAUCCACCUGCAAGAGAGGGAGCCGGAGGAACCGGAGAAGCCCGCGAAGGAUAAGGACGAAGAGGACAUGGAAUUGACAGCCAUGCUGGGACGCAGCAACGGGGAGUCCUCCAGGAAAAAGGAUGAAGAGGAUGUCCAGAGCAGGCACCGCCUCAUUCCCCUGGGCAGAAAAAUCUACGAAUUCUACAACGCACCCAUCGUGAAGUUCUGGUUCUACACUCUGGCCUACAUUGGGUACCUGAUGCUGUUCAACUACAUCGUGCUGGUGAGGAUGGAGCGCUGGCCUUCCACGCAGGAAUGGAUCGUCAUCUCCUACAUUUUCACCCUGGGAAUAGAGAAGAUGAGAGAGAUUCUGAUGUCAGAGCCAGGGAAGCUGUUACAGAAAGUGAAGGUGUGGCUGCAGGAGUACUGGAAUGUCACAGAUCUCAUCGCCAUCCUUCUCUUUUCCAUCGGGAUGGUCCUCCGCCUCCAAGACCAGCCCUUCCGGAGUGACGGCAGGGUCAUAUACUGUGUGAACAUCAUCUACUGGUACAUCCGCUUACUGGACAUCUUCGGCGUGAACAAGUAUUUGGGCCCCUAUGUUAUGAUGAUUGGAAAGAUGAUGAUAGACAUGAUGUACUUUGUAAUCAUCAUGCUGGUGGUCCUGAUGAGCUUUGGGGUUGCCAGGCAAGCCAUCCUGUUCCCCAACGAGGAGCCAUCGUGGAAACUGGCCAAGAACAUCUUCUACAUGCCCUACUGGAUGAUUUAUGGGGAAGUGUUUGCAGACCAGAUAGACCCUCCCUGUGGACAGAAUGAGACCCGAGAGGAUGGCAAAAUGAUCCAGCUGCCUCCUUGCAAGACAGGGGCUUGGGUUGUGCCGGCCAUCAUGGCCUGCUACCUCUUGGUGGCAAACAUCUUACUGGUCAACCUCCUCAUCGCUGUCUUUAACAACACGUUUUUUGAGGUGAAGUCGAUCUCCAACCAAGUAUGGAAGUUUCAGCGAUAUCAACUCAUCAUGACCUUCCACGAGAGGCCAGUUCUGCCCCCACCUCUGAUCAUCUUCAGUCACAUGACCAUGAUCUUCCAGCACCUGUGCUGCCGCUGGAGGAAGCAGGGAGGUGACCCGGAUGAAAGGGACUAUGGCCUGAAACUCUUCAUAACUGAUGAUGAGCUCAAGAAAGUACAUGACUUCGAAGAGCAGUGUAUAGAGGAAUAUUUCAGAGAAAAAGAUGACCGAUUCAACUCAUCCAACGAUGAACGGAUACGGGUGACUUCAGAAAGGGUGGAGAACAUGUCCAUGCGGCUGGAGGAAGUCAAUGAGAGGGAGCACUCCAUGAAGGCAUCGCUGCAGACCGUGGACAUCCGGCUGGCACAGCUCGAAGACCUCAUUGGGCGCAUGGCCACCGCCCUGGAGCGCCUGACCGGCCUGGAGCGGGCGGAAUCCAACAAGAUCCGCUCGCGCACCUCCUCGGACUGCACCGACGCAGCCUACAUUGUGCGCCAGAGCAGCUUCAACAGCCAGGAGGGGAACACCUUCAAGCUCCAGGAAAGCCUCGACCCUGCAGGUGAGGAGAGCAUGUCCCCAACUUCUCCCACCUUAAUGCCCCGUAUGCGAAGCCAUUCUUUCUAUUCGGUCAAUGUGAAAGACAAAGGUGGGAUAGAGAAGUUGGAGAGUAUUUUUAAAGAAAGGUCCCUGAGCCUCCACCGGGCCACUAGUUCCCACUCGGUAGCUAAAGAAUGCAGAGUUCCUGCAGCCCCCACCAACACCUUGGCCAUUGUUCCCGACUCCAGAAGACCGUCCUCCUGUAUUGACAUCUACGUCUCCACCAUGGAUGAGCUCCACUGUGACACAGACCCUCUGGACAACUCCAUGAACAUCCUGGGGUUGGGCGAGCCCAGCUUUUCAACUCUCCUGCCUUCCACAGCCCCUUCAAGUUGUGCCUACGCCACUCUUGCACCCACAGACAGACCUCCAAGCCGGAGCAUUGAUUUCGAAGACAUCACCUCCAUGGACACUAGGUCAUUCUCCUCAGACUACACCCACCUCCCAGAAUGCCAAAACCCAUGGGAUUCAGACCCUCCAACGUAUCACACCAUUGAGCGGUCCAAAAGUAGCCGCUACCUGGCCACCACGCCCUUUCUUCUGGAAGAGGCUCCUAUCGCGAAAUCGCACAGCUUUAUGUUUUCCCCUUCCAAGAGCUACUAUGCCAACUUCGGGGUGCCCGUGAAAACCGCAGAGUACACCAGCAUCACAGACUGCAUUGACACAAGGUGUGUCAGUGCCCCUCAAGCGCCCGCGGACAGAGUGCCGUUUCCUGGAGCCCUGGGAGACAAAGUGGAGGACUUAUCUUGCUGCCAUCCCGAGCGAGAGGCAGAACUGAGUCAUCCCAGCUCCGACAGUGAGGAGAUCGAGGCCCGGGGCCGGAAAGCUGCCAUGGCACUUUCCUCCCAGGAGGGUGAGAACGCAGACAGAACCCAGUCCAACAAUAUCACAGUUCCCAAGAUAGAGCGUGCCAACAGCUACUCUGCCGAGGAGCCAAGUGCGCCGUACGCACACACCAGGAAGAGCUUCUCCAUCAGUGAUAGGCUCGACCGGCAACGCAACACGGCAAGCCUGCGGAACCCCUUCCAGAGGAGCAGGUCCUCCAAGCCAGAGGGCCGAGGGGACGGCCUGUCCAUGAGGAGGCUGUCCAGAACCUCGGCUUGCCACAGCUUUGAAAGCAAGCACAACUAAGCCUUUUCCCACCCCUCCCCUGCACUGUAUGAGGCUCAAGAGUCCAGCCCUUAACAUUCUCCCCAAACUCCAACUUUCCCCACACUCCUUCCUUGAACCACACCCACUUUAUGCUUAGCUGAGCAAAACAAGCAAUGCAUUGGGAGGCGUUCACUCACAGGUGACUUUGGGGCCACAGACCUGGGAAGCUCCUGCUCUGGCCCCGUGCCAAGCACAGGGAGUUGGCGGCAUGUUCACACUUGCUGGGUAGGGAGGGAGAGUCGGGGGA